CCGUGUCACGGACCUCCUUGCUACUUGUAUCACCCAGCAGGAGGACAUCCACUCCCUCGACCACACCAACAAGGCGUUACAGCAGUCGAUGGACCAGAUGCUCAAGCGCAUACAGCAACUGGAGCAGCAGGUCGCGACAGCCAACACUAGCACCGGCCCCUCCGACCUCGCCGACCGUGUCAAUGUCUUGGAGAUAGACGUGGGAACACUUAAAACUGGGGCACAGCAGCUGCAACAGCAGGUUUCCGCAGCGGUCGGCCCUAGCGCAACGACACGCGAAACUAUUGCCAAGUUCGAUGGGCUCCCGAUCUUCUGUGACGCAUCGAAGACCGACCCCAUCCAAUGGUGGCGCCAGUUUGAACUCAAGCUGGACAUCCACCACGUCAUCGACGCGAACCGGCAUGCAUAUUUGUACUCCCGCUCGAGAGGCGCGUGUCAGGCAUGGUUGGACAACAUGCUGUCCGCACAUGCAUGUACAGUCACCGAGUUACACAAGUACAUCACCUGGGCGGAUCUCACGGCGGCAUGGAACAAGCGUUUCCAAGUAGAACCGCCCGAGCACCAGGCGAUGGACAAGCUGCUGACGUUUUCGCAGAACAGCAUGCCAAGCGGAGACUGGAUAUCCGAGUUCCAACGACUGGCAAGCACGCCCAAGUUGCCAAUGAAUUUCGACGGCAUCAAGCUUUACUUCAUAAAGAGGUCGUGCCCAGCGUUGCAGAAUGCGUUAACUCAAGUCGCCGAGAACCUCAACACAAGUGAUGUUACAUGCCCAGUUGGGCGAUGUACAUAGAAACCUAGGAUCCGCAAUGUAAUGAAAAGGACUGAAUGGA